CUUGUAGCAAGCGCUUCCUAAUUCCGUCCGGAGCCGCAGGGUGGCGCUUGUGGGUUCCUCUCUCAGCUUUGCAAUUCCCUUCCGUUCCUUCCUCACUCUCGCUGGUCUCUUGCAGUGCGGCGCAAGCCCGGGAGAGUGUGAGGCCCGAAUCAGAGCGAAGCGCCGGACGCACCGAGUCGGGAGAGCCGCAGCCAUGCCCACCGUGGAGGAACUGUACCGCAACUAUGGGAUACUCGCAGACGCCAAGGACGACGUGGGGCAGCACAAAAGCGCCUAUCAGGUCAUCCUUGAUGGAGUCAAAGGAGGAGCCAAAGAGAAGAGAUUGGCCGCCCAGUUUAUCCCGAAAUUCUUCAAGCAUUUCCCUGAAUUGUCAGAUGCAGCGCUCAAUGCCCAGCUGGAUCUGUGUGAAGAUGAGGAGGUUUCUAUCCGUCGUCAAGCAAUAAAAGAACUGUCGCAGUUUGCCACUGGAGAAAACCUUCCCCGUGUAGCGGAUAUUCUGACCCAACUCCUGCAGUCAGAUGACUCUGCUGAAUUCAACCUGGUCAACAAUGCUCUGCUGAGCAUAUUCAAAAUGGAUGCUAAAGGGACCUUAGGAGGCCUGUUUAGCCAGAUUCUUCAAGGAGAAGAUAUCGUACGAGAGAGGGCCAUCAAAUUCCUGGCAACCAAAAUGAAAACCCUUCCAGACGAAAUCCUGACAAAAGAAGUGGAUGAUUAUAUAUUCUCAGAGUCCAAAAAGGUUCUAUAUGACGUCACCGGAGAAGAGUUUGUUCUGUUCAUGAAGAUCCUGUCGGCGCUGAAGAACUUGCAGACCGUCAGUGGCAGGCAGCAGCUGGUGGAUUUGGUUUCUGAGCAGGCUGGGCUGCAUCAGUCGCUGAACCCUGCAGAUCCCGACUCAGUAGAUCGACUGCUCCAGUGCAUGCGUCAGGCCGUGCCUUUGUUUUCCAAGAAUGUUCACUCCACCAAGUUCGUAACCUAUUUCUGUGAGCAAGUGCUUCCCAUCCUGAGCUCUCUAACCAGCCCAGCUGAAGGCAUUGAUGUCCAACUGGAGGUGCUGAAGUUACUGGCUGAAAUGAGCUCCUUCUGCGGGGACAUGGACAAACUGGAAUCCAAUCUGAACAAACUUUUCGACAAGUUGCUGGAAUUCAUGCCGCUUCCUCCUGAAGAGGUUGAGAACGGGGACAGUGCUGCCAACGAGGAGCCCAAACUUCAGUUUAGCUACGUUGAAUGUUUACUCUUCAGUUUCCACCAGCUUGGGAGAAAGCUGCCCGACUUCCUUAUUGCUAAAGUCGACGCCGAGAAGCUAAAAGAUUUCAAAAUCAGGUUACAGUAUUUCGCUCGGGGUCUCCAAGUCUAUAUUCGGCAGCUGCGUCUGGCCCUUCAAGGAAAGUCUGGGGAUGCUCUGAAAACAGAAGAGAACAAAAUUAAAGUAGUGGCUCUGAAAAUAACCAAUAACAUCAACGUAUUAAUAAAGGAUCUGUUCCACAAUCCUCCCUCCUACAAGAGCACAGUGACGCUGUCCUGGAAGCCGGUGCAGAAGACUGAUUCAGGGCAAAAGAGAACGAGCGACGAGACUUCCUCUAGUUCCCCUCCCAAAAAACCAAUAGUAGGACCAAAAAGAGACUCCAGGCAGAUCUACAACCCUCCCAGCGGCAAAUACAGCAGCAACGUGGGAGCUUUCGCUUACGAGCAGCGCGGAGGAUUCCACGGGAGCAGAGGCAGGGGAUGGGGCGGACGUGGCAACCGCAGCAGAGGAAGAAUUUACUGAGGGCCGAAGGUUCCACAGCCUGCAGAAUUGCCCCUGACAAGAGGCUGGACUUUUUGAUGCCCCCCUCCCCCAUCUCCUUGCAGUUGCCUUUGGCUACAGACAUUAACAACAAAAAAAGCAUUCUUUCUACCUUUGUAUGUCCCUGCCGUUUUCUAUGGAGACGUUCUGCAGCCUGUGCCCAUCGCCGUAAAUGAGCUGCAUCCAUUUUUUGUUUUUCCUUUUUUUAUUCUUGUUUGUUUUUCUGGAUACUGUGUAGGUUUGAUUGCGGAUACCUGUUAAACACUAUGAGCAAGAACACUCAUAACCAUAGAAGUCCAUUUGGCCCAAAUGAUAAGUAAUUCCUCUGUCACCACAACGCUUCACGUCUUUGUUUACCAUUACGGCAUGCAUGGCAAGCCCUACGUGAUUCCUGUCUGCCUUCCGGAAGCAUCUGAAAGGUCAUUGGGAUUCUGCAUGCUCUGCCAGCCCUUGUGCCAGCUGAAAAAGGAAUUUUUCCCCCCCCCCAUUUUUUUUUUUUGUUUUUUUUGUCCAGACGACAUCAUUUCAGUCCAAGGAUUUUUAUUGUAUUUUCUAGGUUACAGUUUGUUUAUAAUUAUUUAUCUAAGGGGUAGCAACGAGUGUAAAUUUAUUUGGGUAUAUGUCGAAUAAGUGCACCUUUUUCUUUUUUUUUUAACAGCGAAUAUAUGUUUGCGCAAAGGACCAUGAUCCCCCGGGGGUAGAGAUUUUUUUUGGGGUGGUUUUCAUCUAAAUGUACAUCAAGCAAGAUUUAAUCAUUCUGUGAUAGCAAUCUGUUGCUUUUUGGUUUUUUUUUUUCCACUGUUCAGCAUGAGCCAAAUAAAUAGGGUUUGUACUUAAAA